AUGCAAAAUGAUUUUACUUCUUCAGCUUUAGUCUAUGUCUCAAAUGAGCCUAGAGUCCAAGAGCUUCUAAUUGAAAUAGCAAAGCAAGUUGGCCUUGAAGAGGAAAAGAUAAAGGAAAAUUUGAAGGUCAACUUGCUUUCUCUGCUCAAUGAAAAAAGGUGCUUAAUUUUUCUUGAUGAUAUUUGGAAAGUUGAAUCAUGGGAUGAGUUAAAAAACGUUAUCCCCAUCAACUCGAGAAAUGGUAGCAGAAUUAUCAUUACUUCUCGGUAUACUGAUGUGGGCAGAUAUAUAUGCGGUGAAAGCUCUUUGAUUGAAUUGAAACUCUUAGAUCAAGAAAAGAGCUGGGAACUCUUCUCCGAGCUGAUGAAAUCUUCUUCAGAAAAUAAUGAGAGAUUUCCUCCAAUUGAAUUGGAAGAUAUCGCUAAGAAGAUAGUAGAAAGGUGUGGUGGGUUGCCAUUGGCAAUUGUGGUUGCGGUGGGAGAAAGAUGGACUUGGAUUCCUAAUGAGAUAGGAGAUCUGAGUAGCUUGACUUUCCUUAAGUUGAGUGGGAGAUUUGAAAGGAUUCCUUCAACUAUAAGGAAUCUCAAGAAAUUGGUGACAUUGGAUAUUCGAAAGGCACGUUUUAUUUGUGAUUUGCCAAGAACUAUUUUCAGGAUGAAGCAUUUGAAGCAUUUACUCUUAUGCCAUGGUAAUAUCUCUGAGUCUAACAAAUGCACAAAUUUGAAUGUCAGAAAUGAGGUGUAUUUUUCGAACAUAGAAAUUUUACAUUGGGUGCCUGGUACCAUUUUGAAAGCUAGAUCAUUACAAAAACUCUCCAACUUGAGAAAGCUGGGUUUAUAUGAGAUUAAUGACCAACAUAUAAAUGUAAUAUCUGGUAAAACACCCAUAUCGGAGAAGCUCCAAGACUUGCAGUUGUGGUUCGAGCAGAAGUUUAAUUGGUUAAACCUAUCCCACUAUGACCAUCUUACUGAGUUGAUGCUGAUAGCUAGAUCUAAUUUUCCAUUCAAGCUUGACACCAUUGAAUUCCCUCCAAACCUUACCUACCUUAUCCUUCAGAACAUGAAAUAUACUGAGGAUCCAAUGAUGGUACUAAAGGAACUACCCAAAUUAGAGAUCCUUAGAUUGUCGCAUUGUACAUACAGCCAAUCAAUCACGCUGGAUUUCACAGGAGCAAACAGCUUUCCAGAGCUUCAAGUGUUGGCAGUUCAGAGAAGAUUUAAGGAAUAUGUAAUUCCGGAGUUGAUUGUGGAUCAAAUAGGGAUGCCAAAGCUUUUCAAGUUUGUGUGCGACCAAAAAGACUUAAAUGUUGCCGAGAGACUACGUGAAAUAAUGGUGGAGCCUUGA